UGAUAUGCUCUAAAGUUUAAGUUUUUACAAGAUAUAGUUUGGUAACCACCAAGAAGAAAGAGAUGAACAAGGAUUCUCGUUGUGAGAGACACAGAAGGACACGCCAUGUGCGAACAUGGCCCAAUUGCUGACAAUCGGAGAGCGCCCUCCAACAUCGGCCAAUGCGGAAUUUUCACAAAACAGAAGUUUUCUGUUCCCCAAUCCAGCAAAAUGAUUAAAGCAGCCUCCUACUUGACUAACCAAAACCCCCAAACCGAAUCUUUCUCUUUUGUGCUUUCUCUCUCUCUCUCUCUCUCUCUCUCUCUCUCUCGCUACAAAUCUACCUACAUUUUGCUUAUCUCAUCAUGAACAUCUCUUCUUUACACUUUCCUGGGAUCUGAGUCUCCUUUAUUUUCCCUGAGAAACAAAGUUAAAGUGCUCGUGUAUCACAGACACACAGAAAUAAAAUCCGAGACGAAGUGAAAGUGCUUCAAUCAUUAGUUAUAGUUAAUAUCUGCUCCUAUUUGAUGCUGGGUGUUCUUUAUUUUUGCUAAAAAAAAGUUCACACACACUUCUAGAAGACACCCGGGUCGUCCAAUGAUUGUCUCGCAGUCUUAUUUAUUCAAAGUGUGUGACCCAGAUCUUGAAAUGCAUAUCUAGUUCCUGAUAGUGGGCAUUCUUCGUUUCUUGCUAAAAUAUUCACUCUCUUCUAGUAGACACCAAAGAUUGAGUUAUGUCCCGAUUUCGAGUAAUGGGUGUUUGAUAUUUGAUCUUGGGUGUUCUUCAUUUUCUUGGGUCAAAUCACUUUUUGGGUUUUUUUUUUUUUUUUUUUUUUGGGAGGGAAUAGAUGGCUUAUCCACCGGAUCAUGGGAUCUAUACUAAUGCGGUUUUUAGGUUGGUGUUGGUUUUGGUGGGAGUGAGUUUGCUUGGAUACACAGUUGGGCCGCCACUGUACUGGCGCUUGAAGGGGAAUUCAACUGGUCAAGUUUCAUGUCCUUCAUGUGUUUGUGAUUGCUCUUCAGAGGAUCUCUUCUCCGUACCUUUAGAAAUCGUCAACAGCUCAAUUGGAGACUGUGGUAAAAAUGAUCCAGAUAUGAAUGAGGAAAUGGAGAAGGAUCUCGUAGCUUUACUGUCAGAGGAACUAAGUUUACUGAAAGCUGUUGCUAAUGAUACUAUGGAACACACAAAGGCAUUAAUGAUGGACACUAGGAAAGCCUAUUCACACUAUCAAAAGGAGGCAGAAAAGUGCAGUGCUGGAGUGGAAGCUUGCGAAGAAGCAAGGGAGAGGGCUGAAAGAGAACUUGCAGCGGAGCUUAAGCUCUCAGCAUUGUGGGAGAAACGAGCUCGUGAACAUGGGUGGACGGAUAACAGAAGAAGAGCACACUCACGAUCCUAGUUUUUAUGUUUUUGUUUUAUGCUAAUGUUAGGCUUUUGAUCGUACAACUGAUGCUUAGAGGUCUCUUUUGUGAAUAUAGAUACGUUUAACAGUAUUUACUUUUCAACUGUUCUUGUAUACUUUUUAGAAUAAACUAUUGCUAAAAGGAAGGUAGAUUAAUGAAAUGAAUCAAUGUU